ACAGUGGCCUCGAAUCCGCAACGCCGCUUGUAACAUGAAGGAGCCUCGCAGGGGACAUUCUCGGCGCUGUCGCAGCGUUGAAUGCCGCAGCGAAAACGCCGGCGAAGAGCACCUCUUCAGGAAUCCUCUCAGCAAGUGGUACCGCGGCCGACGGCGAAGCAAGGAUGACGAGGCUGGGCUGCUGGACGCUGAGUACGACGCUGGCCAUGAGAGCCACUCACAGCAGCAGGUGCGUGGCAGCCGACGACUCACGGCGGCCAGCAAUAACAGCAGCAUGGGCAGUACGCCGAAAUCUGCGACGAAACCCAACAAAAGCAGCGGGAACAACUGCUCAUUGGAGAAUUCUGCUUCCUCCACGACGUCGCCGCCACUGCACAAGCCGAUAGUGGCAGCCAGCAGCGGCUACGGCCCGCAGGUCCGCAUCUCCCUGCCAGAGGAAGACCUGAGCACCAGGACCAAGCAGCAGAGGCGCGCUGUGACCCACCAGCAACAACAGGUGGGCUGUGUGGACAGAUCCGAGGCGCCUGCUGUGCCGCCCAGACCCACGUCGUGUCAGCCCCCACAGCAGCCCAGCAAAACACGGUCGUUGUGUCCUGCUGAAAGAGCUCGGUUGGCAUUCCCGGGCUGCCACAACCAAGAGACAAUGUCCAGCCACUCACCAACCAGGGUUCUUACACAGAGCCCUGCUAGAGCCAUGGGCGUUCAGUCACUGGAUGCCCUGCUUGGCCAGCUCUGUUCGGGCAACUGUAAGAUCUCCAUGAAAGUAAAGGACAAGGAUGGCAAGGUGCACAAAGACAAAGACAUCAAAGUCCACAAGGAUGACGACAGCAAGGCACUUGCCCACAAAAGCAACGACAUCUGUUGCAUGAAAGAGGCGACUCCAUGCAGCCAAAGUCACUUUCCUACCAGCUUCCCAACCAGCAUAGAGGUCCUCAUGACAGUGAAUCACUCAUGCACAACGCAUCGAUCACUAUCGGAACGAAGCCUGCAGCGCGACAGCUCAAUGGUUAGUGUGGUGCACUCCAAACCAGGCCACCAAGACAUCAUCUCCAUCCCCAAGUCCCGCUUCAUCGUUGUGGCCGCACUACUUACCUUUGUGAUGGUGGCUUGCUUUUGCAUCACCAUCUACUCUUUCUCGGUGCCUGCAGAGCACAACCACUUGCAUGGAAAUGAAUCCACCAAAUCAGCAAGCCCAAGCCAGAAUGUGCAAUCUUCGUCGACUUCAGCUAUCACUGGCAAUACCACUACAGUCACCAUUCCAGCUGCCACAUCAGCUGCACCUCGAAUAGUGCAAGCCCAGUACGACGCCCUACUGCAACAUCAACGGACAGACAGUAAUGGUCUGUCAAGACGGCCACGUGUUGUGAUCUUGUAGUCUAGAAUGCCAUUUAACUCUGGAAAUUUGUUGUUUAACAGGGAGAACAAUCUAUUUAUGGGGAAAGACUGCUUUAUGAAUUAGUUAAAGCACGUGCAAGGAAGGGCGAAGUGGUGGGGUGUAGGAGAGGAAUCCACUAUCAUGCUUCCGUACAGAAGACCUGCAGUGCUUCACUAUUGAUGAGGAAGGUUGUUGCCACUACAAUUGUACAGCUUGCAAGAUGUCAAUAACACAAACCCCAGCACUCUUGGCUGGUUCUUAAGAGAUGCAUGAACAUAAAGUAGAAAUAACUUCGACAUCAGUGUUCCCAUAACAAUGGAAGUGGAACGAUUUCACUGUGAAUGAUCUAGACACGAUUACAGGUGCAAGAACCUUCAUUUGUGAUACAUAAGGCGCGUCAGAAAUCCGCACAUCAGUUAUGAAUAAUGUUAAAGUACUAUUCAUAUGUCUUACAUAGCUACAGCAGCUAUCUAUGGUUGUGUCAUGAGCAUUUCUAGUGACUUUUUACCCAGAAGGGCUACGUGCAAGCAUUUCUACGGAAAUGUCUUCAAAUAGCGCAGUGCUUCUUUCCUCCAAGCUUUUAUGCAUAAAUCCACAUUCUGUACGCAACCAACGAGACUUGCACAUGAAGUUGAUGCUGCGUUGGGAAUAAUGAUUAAAACACUUUUUGAAGUCUUUGUA